AUGGGAGCCAUGGGAUCCCACGGAGCCCACGCGAUGCCUAUGCAUCCAACGGAUCCAUCCCCAAGCCAGACCUCGGCGGGUCCGACGUCCAAGCCUUCGGCGUUGGGCCAACUACAAUUGGCCUACCUUGCCCCAAGAUCCCAACGCAGAGACCCUCCGGUCAUGGGGGAGCUCGGUCUUCUUGGGAAGGAGAAGAAGAAGAAGGGGGAGAGGAAGCAGGAGGAGAACGAGGAGAAGGAGAAGGACAAGGAAGAGGAAGGCAAGGAGGAAGAGAAGAAGGGAGUGAAGGAGGAAGAGAAGAAGGAGGAGGAGAGCAAGCAGGAGGAGAAAGGGGAGGAGAAAGGGGAGAAGAAAGGGGAGGAGAAAGGAAAGAAGAAGGAAACCCCGUCACUCCUCCGCCGAACGCCACAGGACUCCUCGGCCAGCGGGACCGACGCUCGUAGGUCUCAGCCAAAGCCCCCGCCGCCGCCGCCUAUGCGCUUCUCUUAA